AUGGGAGGUAGCAAAAGUAAGAGAAGGUCCCCCGGAAUGUUUCAAUUCCGGCAGACUGGAGGAGGCAAAAUCUACGGAACUCAAUACGGUGAGAACGAUGCGGAUUCCGGGGAAUCCGAGGAAGCAACAAAUAAGGUAGGUUCUGAGUAACCUACCGAAGGGGCAACAAAGAAUGAUGCCGGUUCUGGAGAAACUUAGAAGGUAGUAGAAGGCGGUUGUUCUGAGGAGCAACCCAACGAGGCAGUACCAGAAAAGGUACCGGAAAAUGAUGCUAGUUGUGGGAACCUGAAGAAGCGAAGCUUCUCGCAGACUCUGAGGAGGCAAAAGAAGAAGACUAAGAUUUGUUUAUGAGCUUUCAUUUACUAGUAACAGCAAAUCAUGAAUGAUGAGGGAAAGUUGGACAUACUAAGGGAACUGCUUGACAUACGUGGUACCGCCGAAAAUGUCGAUAUCUACACUAACAUGUUGGGAGAUACAGAAUACUCCCAUCCUCUCUUUUCUUCCUGUGCCUUCAGAAAGCCUACUGCAUUUGUUAACAGAUGGGGGAGCCAGUUACCCUAUCUUGUUGAUCUUCGGACGGGAGGGGGAAAUUCCCAGUAACCUAUGCUGCGGUGGCCGCAAACAAACCAGUUGUUAAGCUACUUGUGAGCUGCGGUGCCAACCUAUCAAGUACCAAUAACAACGGUCUUAGUGUUUUGGGGGUUCUGUGUGCUUACGAAAUUGAAGACAUGAUUAAGUUUUUCCUUGAUGGCUUAGUGGACAAGGAAACAGAGGCUUCACUAGUGAUAGACAUUAUUGACAACAGCAAUUUUCUUAAGUCCGUUUUUCUUGUUGGAAGAGACAGAUCGCGAGAGUCUGUUCGGAACGGUUGCAUUUAUGCCUCCCCUGUUUUACGCAAUCCAGACUCAUGAAGUGAACUCAGCAAUUUUCAUUAAUGAAAAUUUUGAGGGCCAAAGUGAGCUUAGAUCCCCAGUCACAGGAGAGACCGCGCUUCAUCUGGCAGCACGCGAAGGAAUACCUAGCAUAAUAGAAAAGCUUGUUUCGGCUGGCGCAAAUCCCAGGUCCCUGGACUACGCCAAUAGAACUCCACUACUUGUCGCCACUAUUAGUGGGCAAAGCAGUAGGGAUCACAUUAAGUGUGUGGGGUACCUUUCAAGGGAGUGUCCAGAAACUGUCGGUGCUGGUAAUGGAUUUCAACUAACACCAUUUAUGGUUAUGUGUGCUAGGUACAGUUUGGCUACUGUUGAGGAAAUGCUGAGCUACAGCAAGUUCUUUCUGUAUGAUAACACUAACACCGGUUUGGACCCUUUGUGUUUUGCCUGUGAUGGUGACAGGAGGGAAGUAGUUAAAUUUCUAAUACAAUCGGAUCCGUUACUUCCAAGGAUUGUGUCGAAACUUGGGAGGACACCAAUGUUCUACACUAAAAGUCAUGCUGUCGCAAAAAUCUUAGUUGAAAACAGAUGUCCGCACAACACAAAGGACUAUUACGGACUAACUCCUGUUGGGUACGCAAUUCAAAGAGGAGGCUACAUGGAUGUGAAACUAUUUAUGUACUUAUAAGGUGUUCUUAAAAUCGAGGCUAACAAUAGGUCAGACAAUAUCUCUUCCAGGAAAACCAGAUAUGAGUUUCCCGAGUGUUAGCGAAAUUGAUGCAAUUAUUUCCGACACAGAAGGGCGUGGGAGGGCUUCACAGUUUACCAAAUCCAAAACGAAAGUUGAUAAAAAAGGUGUAAGUACUCAAAACAAAGUAACUGUGUUUUGUCUUGUUUAGAAUGAGUAUUGGGAGUAUCAGGGAAGACUAUCUUGACACAUUGAGGGCCAAUACCGAUAUUUUAGAUGUUUUGUCUUGUUUUGGGAAUCCGGAGAGUUUCGGAUUGCUUACCCUUGCAGCAAUUUGUGGGAACCCUGACAACAUUGCUGAACUUAUGAGCUCCGGUGUUAUUGUGGACAUCUACGAAAUAUCACCAAUGCUGGGAAUGUCAGCUGUGGACUUUUCCAUUGUUUUGGGUGAUGAGAAAAUGGUUAGGGCACUAGUUAGCAACAGAGUUCCGUUUUGGUGUGAGGCCGGGGACGGUAUGGCACCUUUGGCAAGGGCAGUUUAUCUUAACAUGGACGGAAUAGUUAGGUACUUUUGCUAUGAGAUUUGGGUGGGCAGUGUGAACACGGGAAUUGGUAAGUACACAGAUAAAACAAUUGCGCAGAUAUUGUGUGCUUCCUUUGGGAACUUGCUAAAGCAUCCUGUGCUUUCCGAGGUGUUGUAUAUGGAUGAAAGUUGGGGAGAAAAUACAUCACCAACAGGUGACCCUCCCGUGCAGUGCGCAAUUAAGCUGGGGCACUUGAAAACAGCCACUCACCUUCUCAGAAUGUUUCCACGAUUGGCUGCAGUGCAUGUGGGAGGUCAGUCACCACUUUGCGUAGCAGCACAUUUGGGACACACCGGCAUUGUGCUUGAAAUCUUGGAAAUUAAUCCCGAGCCUGUUUACGGGGAAAAUAUGAAAAUGGAACUUCGUAUAGCAGCAGAAAGCGAAUCCGAGAAUAGGAAUGACAUAGUGCUGAUCAUAGCAAGUGCAUAUCCCGGACUGAUAAAAGCAAAAGACGCAAGUGGCCAGACACCAUUGGACAUCGCGAAAGUACUCACCAAAAAGGAAACAUAUGAAGCCAUAGAGAAGAUUAGCAUUAAAUACAAAGAGUCACAAUCCGAAAACUGA